GUGGCAGUGAAUGUAGCCCUGAAUGUAGGCUUGGUGGGGUGAGAGUGGCUGCUGACGGAGAGGUACCCAUCCAACUACUUAUAGUGACCCACGCAUGGUAAUCACGACUUGGAUUGGUUGAUUUAACCCUGAACUUGGGUGCCCCUCUAAUAUACAACCCUUGGCACUCAGCUUCGAAAGAUGUUUUAAUUCAUGGCAACGGCGACAGCUUCUUCAACUUCUUUCCCAAACUUUCCCCCUUUUAAUAAUUCAAUGAUAAUUAUUAGUCUUAUAUUCGGAACUUAGUAAUAUCUCUUUUUCUACAUGAUUUAAUCAAGAAUUGCCAAAGGGUAAAAAAGUGGCCAUCAAAAUUCAAUUCAUUCGUUCUUUAACAGGUUACCCUGUUCACAUUGGAAGUCUUGGAGUCUUACCAAGUUCUAGCUUGGCCCCUUGACAUCAUUAUCCACCUAGUUUAGUGCUCUAAACACCCCUAAACACCCUCUAAGUCCGACCGAUCAUCACAAGCGCCAGAAAGCUGAAGGGGGUUACCAAGCACACUGGCACACUACCAAGACGGGAUCCAACGCAACGUCACCCGCGUUUGCCCCUUCUUGUUCCUUGAAUCCAACCUCUUUUACCUAUUACCUAUUACAUAUUUGUACCUUUUUACCUGUUUAAGUCCGGCUCCCCGCUGGAGAUCCUCCUCCCAUCAUGGUUCGCAUUAUACCUAACCGACUGAAAAACAAAACCGCCAGCUCUGCUACCAAUUCAUCCUGCAAUAGUCGAAGUACCAGCCCCAUGCCGGCGAAACUAGAUACAAAUAUUUCUGAUGGGCGGAAGGAUUCGGGGUUGGUGUUGAAGAUAGUUGUGAUUCGAGCGAGGAAUCUAGCUGCGAAAGACCGUGGAGGCACAUCCGAUCCCUAUCUCCAAUUGACCUGCGGCGAAUCCAAAUUCGUUACCCACCAUGUUCCAAAGACUCUGAAUCCAGACUGGAACGUCAUUUGCACCGUACCUAUAACCGGCGUAGACAACCUCCUGCUCGACUGUAUUUGCUGGGAUAAAGAUCGUUUUAGUAAAGAUUACCUCGGCGAAUUCGAUUUAGCGCUCGAGGAGAUAUUUGCCAACGAAAAGACCGAACAGGAACCUACUUGGUAUCCUCUCAAGAGCAAGAAGCGAGGCAAAAAGUCAAACAAUGUUUCGGGUGAAGUUUUACUCCAAUGCACCCUAUUUGACUCGACGAACAAGGACGCAACGGACGCCCAGAUCCUAGAAAAGCUACGCUUACUCGCCACGGCACUACCCGAAGCUGCAUCGCGCAAUGCUACCCCUAGUACCACGCCCAUGCUUGGUCCGACCUCUAUCCCCAAAGCUGGCUCGACUGCCUCUCCCCAAUUAAGUCGAAACACUACCGACGGAUCUCAGGAAGACGAAGACGAGGACGAGAUUCUCGAUGACGAUGAGACUCCUGAGGAUGAGGACCCGAAUAAGCCAGAAAAUGCUGAAAAGAGGAAGAGAAGGCUCCGAAUCAAGGGAUUGAAGCGAAAGAGAAGGCAAAACCCGUAUGAAUUUGUGAACGGUGGAAGCGACGUAGUGGGCUUAAUUUUUCUCGAGAUUUGCAAGAUUACCGACCUCCCCCCCGAGUCAAACCUUACAAGAACCAGCUUCGAUAUGGAUCCUUUUGUCGUGGCAUCCCUAGGUAAAAAGACUUAUCGCACGCGAGUCGUCCGCCACAACUUGAACCCUGUGUUUAACGAGAAGAUGCUCUUUCACGUCCUGGGGCACGAACGGUCAUACUCGUUUGCCUUCACUGUGAUCGAUCGCGAUAAGUACUCCGGAAACGACUUCAUUGCUUCGACUUCAUUCCCUGUCCAAGAACUAAUUGAAAGGAGCCCUAAGGCCAAUCCUGAAACUGGGUUAUACGACCUAAAGGAACCUGCAGAGUUCGUCCCUGCGCCAAAGAAACGACUUGCAAGACUAGGCAUGUCGAGGUCUUCUUCAAGUCAGAGCUUAGGAAAAGGGCGUCCGGCGCUGCCGAAGAACCCUAGUGGGGCUUCGACAUUGUCUCAGGUUGAUGGACAAGCUGAGCCGAAGGUCGCACCUACAUCCGCUCCGAAUCCCGCCCUGCUACAACCCGACCAAGUGCCAAACCUUAACAGUGGAAACGGGAAUGGCAAUGGCAACGGAAAUGGCGAGGGUAACGAGUUUGACGAUUCCGAUUUUACUGUCUUCACAAUCCCAUUGAAGAUGAAGAAUCUAGAAAAAUGGGAAGCCAAGCACAGUCCGAUGUUGACUGUCCGUGCCAAGUAUAUGCCAUACCCCGCGUUAAGACAACAAUUCUGGAGGGCAAUGUUGCGACAAUACGACGCUGAUGAAAGUGGUGAAAUCAGUAAGGUUGAAUUAACUACCAUGCUUGAUACACUUGGCUCGACUCUCCGUGAGUCUACUAUCGACAGUUUCUUCCAGCGAUUCCCACACAAAGCGGCAAGUGGUGAGCAAGAACUUACUAUGGAUGAGGCCGUCAUCUGUCUAGAGGAUCAGCUAGACGCCAAGAAUAGGACGCCCGCCGUGACUGAUAAACUCAAGAAUAUGCUACCUGACAGCGAGAAAGUAAAGAACUUGCUAAACCCGUCGGCGCAAAGUGGUAGUAUCACCCCCUCGGAAGAAGGAUCCUUCACUCUUAGCGCAGAAGACUCGAGCGUUCAGGGACAGCAAUCAGGAACUUCAACUAUUAUCGUUCCUGACCUCAACACGCCCGGAGAAGAAGGCGAAGCGCUAGAGAAGGACGAUCUUAACGUCGAUCGUGGCGAAGAGCAUGUAGUGGAAAUUCGGGAGUGUCCGAUUUGUCAUCAGCCUCGUCUUAACAAGCGGAAGGAUGCCGAUAUCAUCACACACAUCGCUACAUGUGCCAGUCAGGACUGGCGCCAGGUCAAUUCGCUCAUGAUGGGUGGAUUCGUUACAGCCAGCCAAGCACAGAGGAAAUGGUACUCCAAGGUUAUCACCAAGAUUUCGUAUGGUGGUUAUAAGCUUGGUGCCAACUCGGCCAACAUCCUCGUACAAGAUCGGCUUACUGGACAGAUCAAUGAGGAAAAGAUGAGUGUUUACGUACGACUAGGAAUUCGAUUAUUAUACAAGGGUCUGAAAUCGAAGGAUAUGGAGAACAAGAGAAUCCGUAAACUUUUGAAGAGUCUCAGUAUCAAACAGGGUAAAAAAUAUGACGAUCCUACCUCAAAGUCUGAGAUCUUGCCUUUUAUCGAAUUCCACCAAUUAGAUAUGUCCGAGGUUUUACGCCCUGUAGAGGAAUUCAAGAACUUUAAUGAAUUCUUCUACCGCGCCCUGAAACCGAAUGCUAGACCUUGCUCGGCUCCCGACGAUUCUCGCAUCAUUGUAUCUCCCGCUGACUGCCGUUCUGUCGUUUUCAAUACUUUGGACUCUGCAACAAGUAUCUGGGUCAAGGGCCGCGAAUUUUCCAUCAAGCGACUACUUGGAGACGCAUACCCGGAAGAUGUCAAGCGUUAUGAAAAUGGUGCAUUGGGUAUUUUCCGUUUGGCUCCCCAGGAUUACCAUCGAUUCCAUAUCCCCGUUGACGGUAUUUUACGUAAACCUAAGCUCAUUGCUGGCGAGUAUUAUACUGUCAAUCCUAUGGCGAUUCGAUCGGCUUUGGAUGUAUACGGCGAAAACGUCCGUGUUCUUUGCCCUAUUGACACUGAACUCUUCGGUCGGGUAAUGGUAGUCUGCGUUGGUGCCAUGAUGGUGGGCAGCACUGUAAUCACUCGGAAUGAAGGAGAUGAAGUGAAACGAGCCGAAGAACUCGGGUACUUCAAGUUUGGUGGUAGUACUAUUGUGACACUAUUUGAACCAGGGAAGAUGGUAUUUGAUGACGACCUUGUCGAUAAUUCGACCAGCGCUCUAGAAACAUUGAUCCGAGCAGGCAUGUCAGUCGGACAUUCUCCGCAGGUGCCACAAUUUACGCCAGAUAUGCGCAAGGACGAGAAAGAAGUCACGGAAGCAGAAAAGGCGGAAGCGCAUCGUCGUAUUCGUGGUGGCGUCGAGACUCCAGAUGAGGCACCUUUGCCUUAAGGAGACCGUGUGAUAGAACAAUCAAGACACAUUGCAUUUGGACGGCGUUAUGCAUACCAUCGAAGCAGCAGCUUCCAGAAAAUGAAGGAUCCUUGAUGGUGGAUAGACGAGGGUUAUGCAUGGAAACCAGGGAGUGAGCAGCAUCUGACAAGCAUAAUAGUGGAUAGAAAGCAUUUUUAAAGAGGGGGAAGUACUUAGGUGAACGAACUGCGAUGCUUUUGCUCUCAUUCGUUAUAUUUGCGCGGGGGAGCGGGCGUAAGCAUACUUCGCAAAAAGAUGCGUCGUCAAGAUGAAUCCGUAUCUGACGAUUGCGAAUUACCUUCUUUUCAUCUUGCCUCGGAGCUUUAUGUUAUAAUCGUAUUCUAGGACCAACAGUGACAUACAGAUUAUCAUUUAUGGCACGAUCCAGUCUUUUCAAACGAAAAAACCCAAACCAGUCAGCAUUGUCGGUCUGGAGACGGCUAUGACCGUAGCUACCUAGGUGACGAAAGUAAAACAGAUGCAGAUAACACACCGAUAGUUCCAUUUAUAUACAUGCGGUCAGGAAGAGUGACGGUCAAUAAGAAGCUUCCACGUGAAUAGGAAAUGGGGAAUUGUGGGGUAAAAAUUGAGUUGAAUGGAGCACCGUCCCAAUGGGCGCCUGUGGGUCGACCCCUGUCAGUGCAUGUCAGUGCAUGUACCGG